AUGACAUCGGCGGACCGGUCUGCAACGGGCGAUAUCUAUGAUCCCAGCUCUCUGCCGGAUUAUGACCGUCAAUUUAUCGACCCCGACGACCUGCGGCAAUUCGAGAAUGCGCUGAAUGGCAACGAGGCCGACCCGCUGAUCGCGCUCAACGACUGGCGUCCCAUCUACCAACGUGUGCGGAAGAGUAGAGGCCGACGGGGCAAGCCCAGACGAAGCAAAGAUGAGACGCGGGAAGGCGUGCUGUACACGGUGCUCAAGUGGCCGUUUCUCUUCAUCGUGUUUGGCUGGAUCAUCUUUCUGGGGUUCGGCUACACCCUGAUCCGCUUGUACAUCUUCCUGUACGAGCAGUGGGUGUCCUGGAGGGGCAAGCGCGAAUCGCUUCGCCGGCAGCUGUCGGCGCAGACAAACUACGGCGAUUGGUUGAACGCUGCACAGGCCCUCGAUGAUCAUCUCGGGAACCAAGCGUGGAAGGAAAUAGACGAAUAUGCAUACUACGACCACCUGACGAUAAACAAAUUGGUGACGCAGCUGAAGAGCGUGAGAAGUCUAGUUGAACAAGAGCGCCAGCAGGACGGUUCUGGCUCGACCGAGACGACCGCGGUGGAGGAGCUGUGCACGCUGUUGGAGGCCUGCGUCAAGAACAACUUCGCCGGCGUCGAGAACCCGCGACUAUACAGCGAGUCCUACUCGGGAACCAAGGACCUGGCCCAGGAAUACAUCGACGAAGUGAAGACGUGCAUUGAUUUGGUUGCGGACAAUAAGCGAAUCAGCAACGACGACAAGUUUCAUCAUUAUAGACAUUUGGAUACCAAUUUCGGACGGACGGCUCUCUGCCUGUCUGGGGGUGCCACUUUUGCAUAUUAUCAUUUUGGCGUGGUCAGAGCGCUUCUGGAUAACGGCGUUUUGCCUCAGAUCAUCACCGGGACCUCGGGCGGAGCUCUGGUCGCCGCUCUGGUGGCCACUAGGACCGAUGAGGAACUGAAAGAGCUGCUUGUGCCCGCAUUGGCUCAUCGCAUCAGGGCCUGUCAUGAAAGGUUCACGACGUGGAUGUGGCGUUGGUGGCGGACAGGUGCCCGGUUCGAUGCCGUCGACUGGGCUCGCGAGGGUAGCUGGUUCUGCAGAGGCUCGACGACGUUUCGCGAGGCCUACGAGCGUACGGGACGGAUCCUGAACGUCUCGUGUGUGCCAUCCGAUCCUCAUUCGCCUACAAUUCUGGCAAACUAUCUCACCUCCCCCGAUUGUGUCAUAUGGAGCGCCAUGCUUGCGUCUGCAGCAGUUCCCGGCAUUCUGAACCCUGUCGUCCUCAUGACGAAAAAGCGUGAUGGCACACUUGCCCCCUACUCGUUUGGACACAAAUGGAAAGACGGUAGCUUGCGGACGGAUAUACCUGUCAAGGCCCUGAACUUGCACUUCAAUGUCAACUUUACCAUCGUCUCGCAGGUCAAUCCCCAUAUCAAUCUCUUCUUCUUCAACUCUCGAGGAACGGUCGGUCGGCCCGUCACCCAUCGCAAAGGUCGUGGUUGGCGCGGAGGAUUCCUCGGAUCAGCCAUCGAGCAAUACAUCAAACUAGACAUGAACAAAUGGCUUCGAGUCCUCCACCACCUCGAACUCCUCCCUCGACCACUCGGCCAAGACUGGAGUGAGAUCUGGCUCCAAAAAUUCAGCGGCACUGUCACCAUCUGGCCCAAGACCAUUCCGUCCGACUUCUACUACAUCCUCUCAGACCCCACCCCCGAUCGCCUCGCCCGCAUGCUCCGCGUCGGCCAACUCAGCGCCUUCCCGAAGAUCCAGUUCGUCAAGAACCGACUCAAGAUCGAAACGGCCAUCACCGCCGGUCUCAAGGAGUUCGCCCCCGCCGGCGCAGCAGGCCGCAUCAUGUCUCCUCUCCGUCGUCGCCGUCGUCCAAUUGACAAUAUCUCCUCCCGCCUCGAUGGCUCUAUGACCGAAGACCAGGAAGGAGACCACUCGGACUACUACAAAGACGACGUGCAACCGUUCGUCCUCGACGUCUCAGACCAUUCCAGUGCCGAUCCAGCCUCGUCGGUCGCUUCUUCUCGCGACUCUUCCCGUCUCGAUACCCAUCGACACCACUCCAGCAAUAUCUUCCAGGAAAUGAGACGGCAGUCGGCUGUUUUCUUCGAUGACUCUGAUAUGUACGCGGAGGACGACCUGCGGAAGAUGCAGUGA